AUGAAGAUUUCUUCCAUUCUCGCCUGCUCUUCCAUGGCGCUCAUGGGUGCGGACGCGUGGAGCUUCACUGUCUGGACCGAAGACAACCAAAAGGGAAAACACAUGCACUUCAAGAGCAUGUACGCCGACAACAACUGCUACAACAUCCCUGAAGACAUCACGAAGGAGCGUAUUGGUUCUUUCACCUGGUGCAGCGCUGCCUGGACUCGCUGCUCGAUUACCAUGCACAGCAAGCCUGCUUGCAAUGGCAACAACCUGGGCUCUGCGACGGCCGGCUCUCCCAAGGAAUGGUACAAGAAGAGCACCAGCAAGGAAGGCUCCUACAUGAAGAGCUUUAGGAUUCAGGGCUGCAAGAAGAUCCCUAUUAUCGACACUGAUGUCGACGUCACCAAGUGCUUGGAUGAUCCCAACUAA